AUGUCCGGUGGCAUGAAGACCACUGACGUGACCUUUGGGGCCUUGAUGACGGCGCUGGAACGAGGCGGGCAAUGGGCGAAGGCGGUGUCACUCCUGUCGAAGAUGCGGCAAGAGCGCCGCGCGGGGCUGCUGGCGCGCACCGCCGCGGCCAGCGCCUGCGGCCGCGAAGGCCAGUGGCGCCAGGCGCUGCAAAUCUUUGCGGAUGCCGCUGCAGAUGGCUUGAGGCCGGACCUGGCGGCCUACCAUGUGGCCAUGGCCGCGU